CCGCACUACCGUCUUUUCACCCAAUAUUUGACCUCGUCCCUGUAUAGGAUCGGAUCCAUCUACUAGAUAUUCACACUAUCACUGGUUGCAGAACCGGGUUCGCUGUCUCCUUGUGCAUCUCAACCCUUUCAAAGAUGCACAACAUGACUCUCUAAGUUCACUUGCGUUACAUAGACCUGAACGCACCACCUAUUCCUGACCUAUACCUGUACCAAAACUUGCUACCAAAGAAUAUGCUUUCGCAUUGCUGCGACACUUAUGUCCGGAUGUGAAUCUCUUUCUCAACUUGAGCUCUUGGGCUAUAGCAAAAGCUCACACCAACGCCUGCCAUUAUGAAAUUCGAAUCUCGACCCAGAUAAUAGACACUCUAGAAUUAUGACAGACUAUCGACUCCCAAAUCCGCAUCCCAAGCCUCCAUUCUGGCCACAACAGCAGAGAUGGCUCCCAUAGCAAUACCGCCGGAUUUAUCUCGGUUUACCAAAUACCCUGCAUUUCACAUCACUACCUUCACGAAGCGCAACCUUGAAAGGCAGGCAACUACAGAUGACCCGGGACUCGUGGCUCUUGCAUCCGUCUCGCUCUCCCUCGCUUCAGUCAGUGUGCUUGCUGCCCUAUGUGCCUUCUACUGGUUUGUCAGGAUGAGGAGGAGCUUCCGACACGACUUAAUAAUGCUUCUAAUUCAAAGCGAUAUGAUCAAAGCAUUGUGGCUCGUCAUCAGCCCGAUUGCCUUUUUUGCUAAUGUACCCAUCACCUCGGGAUCGGCUUUCUGUCAAGCCUCCGGGUUUUUCCUAACCGUUAGUAUCGAGGCCUCGGAUAUCGCUGUACUUCUGAUUGCCAUACACACAGCCUUGUUUAUAUUGAGGCCGAGGAGUUCGAGUGGGGCGGCAGGUCUCUAUCCAUUUCGACGGAUAGCGUAUGCCUGCUGGGCCAUCAUCCCCGUCGUGCUGGGUGCUAUUGUUCCCCUCACUGGAGGUAAAUUUGUGAGCAAUGGCCCGCAUUGCUACUUACCGCUCCACCCAUUUUGGUAUCGUAGCGCCCUCAGUUGGAUCCCUCGCUACAUAAUUUUUGCCAUCAUCAUUGUCACCUACGUGUGCCUUUACAUAUACGUUGCGUUGCAACUUCGACGUUUUGGCAGGGACCAAAGACGUGCUAGCGCAGCAUACAGCGAUCACCCCAGCCAGAGACGCCGAAAAAAUCACCGCCGUGACGAUAGCAGCGAUAUACUCUCCACAUCAACACCACCGUUGGCAGAAUAUAAUCACUUGGACUCGGAACGAGACAGUUUAGCGAAGGAUGAUGAUCGAAGAGGUCGUCGGCAUUCCGUUAGCUCAGGUAACACCGCCUUGGACUCUGGCGUGGUAACAGCAAUGCCCUCGAGGCCACCUACACAGACACGGAGAAGCUCAGUCAGAUGGAACACUGUAGAUUUUAGCCAGUUCCGCCCCACCGAGCCUGGAGCAGGGCAAGAUGGCCUAAAUGGUUUCGUGAGCCUUAAGUCGUCAGUACGGGGUCCGGAAGCCACCAUCCCGAUUCAAGCACCUGAGCCAGUCUAUUACAGCUCGAUAUCACCCAGAAAUUCCCAACAACUGGGACGCAGUCGUUCGAGUCGUUCGAGGUCCCACAGAAAACGAUCGAUGUCGGUCAGUGCACGGAACAUACCCAGUCCUGUGUGCACGAUGUUAGGCGCCUUCCGUUGCGGCCCCCCACGGCCUGAGGGCGGCAGUCAAUCUGAUUCGUCCAACUCGGUCAAUCUCGAGGACGAUACUGAAGAAACCAUGCGUCGGUUGCGUGACAAGCAGCUACGACAACUUCGCCUCCUCCUUGUUUACCCGGCCGUUUAUAUGCUAACGUGGAUCGCGCCCUUCGCAUCGCACAUUGUGCGGUAUAGUAAAGCUUACGCGGAUGGAAAUGAAUUAUCUCUCGCACUGCCCUCCUUAGCUCUCCAAAUCAUAAGCAUCGGCAGCCUAUCCAUCGGAGCUGCCGUCGACUGCUGUUUUUUUAGUGCCUGGGAAAAGCCAUGGCUGCACCUUCGCGGCGGGUUCUGGGAAGGUCUGGCCUCGAGGCUGAGAAUCCGAAGGCCAAUGCGGCAUAGGAGGCGAGGUGUAGGCCGUACUCGCGACGAGAUGUUUCUAGAUGCGAGGACGGCACGUUCACGCCGCGAACAAGAGGAGAACUUAGAGAAUCUAAGCAACGAUGCUGCAGCUGCGAUUAGGAGGAGGUCUCAGGGUAUACCAGAGCCGAACUUGACAGUGCGGGAAUGGUGGGAUGUGUUGGACGUGGAUUGUUCAUCUCACGAAUCAAGCACGGCGGAUUCCUCACCAACAAGCACGGAGCCGGAGCCGGAUUUGGAGGGCAGGAAUAGCGCAUCAACAACUAAAUAAUCAUUUAUAAUUCGGUAUCGGCGUCGG